GUGGUAUGUAGAGCAACAGGGAUGGUGUGUGUGUGUUUUUGAGACGUAUAAUUAUUUGUCUUGGACUUGGAGCCCAUAAUAUGAGCGAUUCGGGAAGGCAGCUUCCUGGGGUACACCCUUUUCUUUUCCACCUAAUACUAUUAUUAUGCAAUCUCCGUAUUCACUCCAUCUACGUUACACAUUCACUCACCAAAGAAGAGAGAAGCAGUCAAAUUUGUGCACUAAUUAGUCGGGUGGGUCGGCUGGAUUGUGUUUAGAUGUGGUCGGAUUGGUAGAGGAGAUUAGAUUUGGGGCAUUUUCCUGUUUGCCCACUGGGUCAAACUUCAUACCAUUCGAUCUCUACAAAACUGACAGCUAUUACUGAACAAAACCAGCAUAUGCUCUGCUUUUGCAGUGGUAAGAGGUUUCAGAUCACGUACUGAUUGAUUUGUUGAUGGAGUGAAGAGAUUCAUAAGAUCCGUCUUUAUGCAGAAGAUCUGGAAUGAAAUAGAUCAUCUUUUGUCUGUCCAUAUCAGGUUUGAAGUUACAGGCUCUCCUCCUUUUCUUAAUUAUGAAGUUUGUUGAUGGACCUCAGGUACAGAUAGAGCUGUACCAAAACCAGGGUCUCAAUUAUACAAGUACGUAAUGCAGAAUAUUUUACAAGCUUUGGUUUUGGUUUGACCAAGAGGCUUUGGGGUUCUCGGAAGGCAAAACCCAUGUUUUAAUGAGACAUUAAUGUCCAUUUUUCCUGUACCGUGGAAGACGCCGAGCUGUUUGUAAGGUUCCUUUUGUCUAUACCCAAAAGCUCAUCAGCUCUUAUUGAGCCAUAAAGUUUUCAUUGGAUCAAUCUCUUUGAUCCCAAUUUGGCUUUGGGGUCUUGGCCUCCUUGUAUCUUGAAGAGGGCUAAAUACUGUUUCUGGGAAAUUUUAAUUUUGAGGCUGGCGGGAGGGGGGUUUCCUCUUGUGGGCUGCAAGCAAAUUUGCGGCUUACUUGGAUGAGAUGAGGGAUGUUAUCUGGAUUGAUGAAGCUGAUUACUGCCUGCUGGCGGCCUGCUGCCCAGCACCAUGUUCGUACACCUGGAGACAAUAUUGGGCGUCAAGAUGGACUUCUGUGGUAUAAGGACAUUGGUCAGCAUGAAGCCGGGGAAUUUUCAAUGGCUGUUGUUCAAGCAAAUCAAUUGUUGGAGGAUCAGAGUCAGUUGGAAUCUGGUCCAUUCAGCUCAACGGAGUCAGGUCCCCACGGCACAUUUGUAGGGAUAUAUGAUGGCCACGGAGGCCCUGAAACUGCCCGUUAUAUCAAUGAGCAUUUAUUUCAUCACCUCCGAAGAUUUGCGUCAGAGCAACAGGGAAUGUCUGCUGAUGUGAUUCGAAAAGCCUUUUUGGCAACAGAAGAGGGUUUUCUAUCUGUGGUUACAAGGGCUUGGCCUGCAAAGCCACAGAUUGCGGCAGUUGGGUCAUGCUGUUUAGUUGGUGUGAUUUGUGGUGGAGUUUUAUAUGUUGCCAAUCUAGGAGAUUCUCGUGCUGUUAUGGGGAAAUUGGUCAAGGCUACAGGAGAAGUUAUUGCAUUGCAGUUGUCAACAGAGCAUAAUGCACGUAUUGCAGAUAUUAGGCAAGAACUGCAGUCAUUACACCCUGAUGACUCGCAUAUUGUGGUUCUAAAACAUGGAGCUUGGCGUGUGAAGGGAAUUAUUCAGGUUUCUAGAUCCAUUGGUGAUGUAUACCUGAAAAGGCCCGAAUUUAACCGAGAACCUCUAUAUCAAAAAUUUCGUCUACCUGAACCUCUUCGUGGGCCUGUGUUGUCUGCCGAUCCUUCAAUUUAUGUCCAUAAACUUCAACAACAUGACCAGUUCGUAAUAUUUGCAUCUGAUGGGCUCUGGGAACACUUGACUAACCAGGAAGCUGUUGAUAUUGUUCACAAUCAUCCACAUGGGGGAAGUGCAAGAAGGCUUGUUAAAGCUGCUCUCCAAGAGGCAGCAAAAAAGCGAGAGAUGCGAUAUUCAGACCUCAAAAAGAUUGAUCGUGGUGUUAGGCGUCAUUUUCAUGAUGAUAUUACUGUUAUCGUUGUCUUUCUCGACCAUUAUUUGAUCAGCAAAUAUUCAAGUCAUGGCCCUACGGUAUCUAUUAGAGGGGGCGGGUUCACUGUACCUUCAAAUUCGCUUGCCCCCGAUAGCAUAAAUUUAGAGCAUGUUGGUUAAUACUCUGCCAAAUAUUGUUGUUAUCGUGUGUUGUGUCAAGCCAUAGUCCUGUUGUAUCAAGAAAAGAGCCUGACUGCACUAUCAAAAGUAAAACUAACCUUCAGUGGCAGAAUUCAGACUGCAAUGGCUAGAUGAACAAUUUAAUUUUGUUUUACAAAAAAUAUUUAGUAAAAUUCUUUUUGUACACUGUAACAUGGUACUCUCAAAUGAUUGGCUGUUCUUCAUUUGAUGAAACACCAUCAAUCAGUUGUUGUCAGACUAAGAAAGCUCCUAAUCCUCAAUCCUUUUGUUUCAUGGAUUCUUUGUUAUUGACCAUGCUUUGUAAGAUUUCUUUUGCUGGAGAAAGUGGAUGGGUAUUUCAACUGUUGGGAUCUCUACUAAAUGUCAGGCUCCUAUAUUAUGGUCUUCUGGUCUCCUUGUGGAAUUUAUGACCUGGCUGCUUUAUGUAUCUCCUCGAUAAUGCAUUUGUCAAUUCAGUGAAGAUGCUGGAACUUAAAACAAAUUGGGCCCAUAUUAACAUCUUCAAUUUGUAGCAAGGGUGAGCAAGUAUCUUCAUUUCAGAUUUCCAGUAAGUUCUAUUGCUAGGCACUGUCAUAUAUUGGCUUUGCAGGAGAUCUUGUAUUGGGCUUGAACUUCUUUAAGAACUUGAGCAAUCUAAGGAGAAUUGACUAAACCAGGUAAAUUCCAUGCC